AGUUGGGGGGCAGGAAUGUAAUUUGAGCAGCGGUCUCAUCAUUCGGUGAAGAUUCUUGUUGGGGUCCGACUCCGACUCCGACUCCGACUCCGACUCCGGCUCCGGGAAGGGAAGGGUGGGUGAAUGAAUAUUUAUCAAAAUCGUCCCUCGACUGAAAUCCAAAAGGCUAAAUCGGCGACGCUCCCAAAUUCCCUCACCAAAUUUCUCAGCUUUUCAUGUCCAUCUUGCCCUCACAAGUCCAACGUCCUGCAUCGUCUUCCUCUCAAGCUCCCUCUCAAAACCCUAAUCCCAAUCAUGGCUCUCCUCCGAUCACCUUCGGAUCACUCAACAUCUCCGACUCUUCCCUCCAUCAGCCUUCUUCUUCUUCUGCUGCACAAGAUUCUGGUGGAUCUUCCAAACAGGUGACCCAAUUGGAGAUACCAAAUGGCAAGAGAACUUCGCCUCAACAGAACAGGCAAUCCAAAGGGAAAAUGUCUGGAUCUCCUCGAAAUCGUCAAGGUAAUGGCUCACAUGGAAGCACUCCACAUUCUGCCGGAAGGAGAGCCCAGGUGAUGAGUGCUAAUCACCUGCUAAAUUUUCAUUAUGAUCCUGUUGCUCGAUCUCGUCCCCAACCACGGCCAUCUCCUCCUAGAAGGCAGCGGAAGAUAAAGCCUUAUAAUAAAGAUUUGUUCCUUCAGGCAAAUUACAAAUUUGUUGUGUUGGACACUGGAAAUUACUCCCCUGAAUCAAUGGAUCCGGAUAAGACGUUACAAUGGGAGGAUAUCAUUUGUGUCAGAUAUUCCACCCCCUUUCCAGUGCAGUGUCCAAUUUGUCUCGAAUAUCCGCUGUGCCCUCAGAUAACUUCAUGCGGACAUAUUUUUUGCUUCCCAUGUAUUCUGCAGUACCUGUUAAUGGACAAGUUGGAUCAGAAAGAUGACUGCUGUAAAAGAUGCCCUUUAUGUUUCAUGAUUGUAUCAUCCAAGGAUUUGUACACCAUUUAUAUUGAGAAUGUCAGGCAAUGCUGUGUGGGUGAUAACAUAGAGUUUAUGCUUCUGACACGACAGAAGGAUUCAUUUGCUCUAUUUCAGAAAAACAAGGAAGUGAAAGAUAUGCAUGCUUGCAACAAUGAAAUGGAUGAUAUGGUUUCAAAGUUUACAUUUACAUCAGAUGUUAAUCUGUCUGUCAGGAAAGCAAUAUCAGAUUUAGAUGGUUGGUUGGCCAGAGCAGAGUCAGGACUCGUAGAUGAUUUAGAGAAGCUUCCCUAUGUGUGUGCAGCAAUGGAACAACUGGAACAGCGGAAGAAGCAUUGGAAUGAGCAACAAGCUUAUAAUACCAAACAAUCUAGAAGAAACACUGAUUCUAAGGCACAAUCCACUGAGCUUGAGGAAACAGCCAAUGCUUGGGGUGAUAUCCAUGAUGCACGUUGUCUUGGACAGGGAAAACUAGCUGCUGAUGAUGCUGAUGCAAUAACUGUUGUAACUGACUUGACCAUCAAAAAGUCAAAUGGAAGGACUGCUUUUGAUCAAAAUGCUAUGGGUGAAUCAUUUGAAGUCCAAGAUGCACUUUUGUCAUCAUCAUGUGAUGAAAAUAAGAGUUUGGAAGGCCACUCAAGCUCUUCUAACAGUGGAAAGGAUAAUGACUCCUACAAUUUCUACCAGGCAGUUGAUGGGCAGCACAUCAUUCUUCACCCUUUGAACAUGAAGUGUCUUCUACACCAUUAUGGGACCUAUGACUUACUUCCUCAAAGAGUAAGUGGAAGGAUUUUAGAGUUGGAAACAGUGACGCAGUCUGAGGCAAUGAGGAGGCGCUAUCGUUAUUUAAGUCAUUUUUCCUUAACGACAACCUUCCAGCUGUGUGAAAUUGAUCUAAGUAGGGUGCUACCUCCUGAUGCUCUGCUUCCGUUUUUGGAUGAAAUCAAGAAGCGUGAGAAGCAGAGGAAGCAGCUAGCCAGAAAGGAACAAAAGGAAAAAAUCAAGGCUGAAGUUGCUGCUUCUGCUUCUGCAGUGCAGUUUAUGCCCAUGGUGUCAAAUAUUGGACAGUCCUCUUGUGACAAUUCUCCAACAUUUUCCAUGGAUGACUUUGAAGCUCUGGGAAGUUCUGCCAUUAUAUCAACAAGUCCUCCAGUUACAGGGGAGAGGAAACUGUUCUCAAGUGUCACGAGGCUUGGUUUUGCUGCAGGGCAUGAUUCCCCUGCCUUGAAAAUUGAGGAAGCCAAUGCGGAGCAUAAAAGUGAAGUAGCAAAGGACUCUGCUGGUAGUAUAACAGGGUCGAGAAAUUCAGGGUCAGGCAUGCUUUCGUUUGCAACAAUGAUAUCAAGAGCAAAGUCCAUUGAAAAUUUGGGUGCAGCAGCUAAGAUGAAUGAGAAUGAGAAUGAGAGGGGAAAGAAAGGGAAGAAAGCAAGUAGAGUCCUAUUGUCAACAGCUGGUGGCAGACGCUAUUGAUAUUUUGAUAUUCAACUCCUGAGGCCAAAGGCCAACCUGGCUACCUUACCCCUUGUUAGUGUUAGAUACUUGUCUAAGAAGUAAGAACCAAUAUGUAUAAGCUUUAGCUGACGUGCAGAACUCU